UGAAACUGACGAACCAUGUAGCCUAUCCAGUUGACAGUCUGAGUUUCGUUUUCCAGGGAAUAACCGGAUCGGUGGUGGGGCGCUGUUGGAACUUGCAAUGAUGAAGUUGAACGCUAGAUUUCGGACACAUUUCGGUUCUUCAGUCUUCACCAACGAGUGGUCAGUUGCUUUGACUUCAGCAAGAAGGAAGGGUGUUUGUCCUUGUACAGAGCCUAGACCUACACAACAACAACAACAACAACAGCAACAACAACUCACCAACACUGCUGCAACAACAAUGGGUAUCAAUAAGAAGAAGGCCAUUGCUGGUGUUGUGGGUGUUGUGGGUGCAGCAGCUGGAGCAGUUGGAGCUGUUGCUGCGGCUCCUUUCGUUCUGACAGCCGCGGGGUUCACAGGAGCUGGCAUCGCAGCAGGCUCUUUCGCCGCUAGCAUGAUGUCAGCGGCCGCUAUCGCUAACGGAGGUGGAGUCGCAGCUGGGAGCUUAGUGGCUGUGCUCCAGUCUGCAGGAGCGGUUGGAUUGUCUGCAGGAGGUACAGCUGCCGUGGCAACUGCAGGGGGCGCUGUGAGUGGAGCCCUGGCAGGUGCAGCUGCAUGGGUGCAGGGAGUGUUUGGAAAGAAGAAACCUCCCAGCAAUGGCGAUGAUAAAGAUGACCCUAAAGACAACAAUGGUGAUGAUAAAGAUGACCCUAAAGACAACAAUGGCGGUGAUGGAGAUGAUCCUAAAGACAACAAUGGCGGUGAUGGAGAUGACCCUAAAGACAACAAUGGCGAUGAUAAAGAUGACCCUAAAGACAACAGCAAGAAACCCCUCAAGACGCAUUCCAAAGAGGGCUCCAAAGACACCACUGAUGACGAGUCUGAAGAUGAAAUUGUGAAGAUUAAUUUAUUAAGCUCUGAGAUAGAGUUCAAAAAACAGUAAUGAGCGGACAUAUUUUAUGGCGUUAUUAUGUCUGAGCACUACAGAGUGGGACUGAAUGGUGUUGCGUUUUGUGUCUACUCUGGUGAAUAUAGGGCUACUACAAUCACAGUUGAGAUCGCUACUCCAUGGGUGUGUGUGUAUUUCUUCAAAAAUCAGCGAGGCUCUCGCUUUUUCAAGAAGAGUGGUGUGGUGUAUUUGUCUUUGGAUUCUGUGUUUUUUUCACACCUUACCAAAGAGUAUGCUUGUCUUUAGACUCUGCGAGUUCUUCGCCUUGCUAAAGAGUGUGUGCUUCCUCUUCUGUCUCUGCAAAACUUGCCUUGCAGAAGAGGAAGUGACUGUCAGUAUCGUGUUUUUUGCAGGGGCCCCUUUUCAACGGGUUUAGGAUGUACGAAAGGACUGAUGCAAAAGAGAGAGACUUUCUCUAUUUGGACCAAAAAUCCUUGAUCAGGACUCUGGGGUCAACAAGUGAAACUUUUUAGGAGGCUCUCUUUAAUCUAGUCCUUUUUCACUGCUGAUCCUAUUGCCUGCAAUCGUACCUAUAAUAAAGUGUCUUCACACUUUCGGAGAAAAUAGAUUGUGUUUAUGGCAGCUGACUCUUGACUAUGGUUACUGAGGUCAACCUCCGGUCACAGAGACCGCAUCGCAGACGUUGUCUAUCGAACAAGGGACCGCAGAAAGCUUCACAGUCACUAUCGAAGCUGACCACACAUAUGUAUUUUCUUUCUCCAGUGACAGACCUUUUGCAAUCUAUGAAAAUAAUUCAGUUAAUCUAAACUAGUAUUAUUUUGAAUUACUGAAAGAUAAAAAUUCUCAGUUAUUAAUACGCAUCUGCUUUCAAUAAGUUAAAGUAAGUUGUUUACUCACAACAAACUUAGUUUAAUUUACUAACAGUGCAAAAAGAUAAUAUGAAUUUUUCAAGGAUGAAUCUGCAUAUUAUACAUGACAUUACACAGAUUUUGAUUUUAUUUGUAACAAUUUGUGCUCAGUUUUUACAUAAGUUUACUUAUUAAAAACCAAUUACCAUA